CAUAUCUGUCCGCAUACCCGCACAUGCGCAAAACACAGGAAACGCGGGCGAACAAAGAAGAAGCGUGGUAGCUAGCUAGGAUUUAAAGGGAACGGAGUGUUGCCUUUAAAAUGAUUGUGUAGCCUAUACCUAGCUGCUAGCUAAUAAAAGCGAACCUCGUUUGUAACAUUUAGGGUCAUUAGCCUCCUCCCCCACUUUAAAACAAGGUAAAUAACAUAUUUGAGCGAAACUAUGAGCCCAUUUUUAACCUUACCACAUUUGGUUAAAGCUAGCUAAAAGCUAACGUUAGCUAGCUAGCAACCAGUUAGCCAAUAACUGCAAUCAUGUACACGUAGCGAGUUUUAGCGAGUUGUCAUAUUUCUAGCUAGCAACGGUUAGCUAUUAUUGUGAAACUUUCAUUAGUUUUGGGAGUAAUACGCUACUUCAUACAUACUCUUUGGCGUUGUCUGGACAGCAUCUACAUUUCCAUAAACGAACUAGUUUUUAUGGGUUUGUUAUUAGCUAGCUAGCUGUGCUAUCUAACUGUUAGUUAGCUGGCUAAUCGACAAAUGCAAGGGGGGAGGGUAAUUUGUAAGCACCAUCUAGCUAGCAAAUUACUUAACUAGCUAUCUAAAUUCCAGGCAGAUAGUUGGCUAUUAUCAGUACUGCAAUGCAUCGUUGUGAAUAACCUUAAACCUUUUGACAUUUUAGAUCUCACCAAACCAUACUGGAUGCUGAGAUUCUUAAUUUCAUUGUCACUUAAGACUGUCUACAAUAGACAUUUUGGGAAACUGUGCAGGUGUCAACCCACCUGGAAACUGUUUGGCGCUUAUCCCUUAUCUGCAAACUUCCAAAUUCUACCCCAUUGUAGGGGCAUCCUCCCCUAUCCCUUGGACUUCUAUCAGUGCACCCAGCCCCCUCGGAAUCGCAGUCUUUCAAUAGAUUCUAAUUUCAAGGUUUGCUGGCGUCACUAUUGUACUAAACAGACAGACAUGGCUGAACAGAGAUACUGUGUGGAGUAUGCCAAACGUGGCACUGCGGGAUGUAAGAAGUGUAAGGACAAAAUCAUGAAGGGCUUGACCCGCAUCGGGAAGAUUGUGCCUAACCCGUUCAGUGAGUCCGCUGGGGAGAUGAAGGAGUGGUACCAUGUGAAGUGUAUCUUUGAGAAGAUGGAGCGGGCCCGGGCCACCACUAAGAAGAUCGAGGACAUCACAGACCUGGAGGGCUGGGAGGAGCUGCAGGAUGAGGACAAGGAGCUCAUCAACAAACUUGUUGGAGGUACAAUGUUUCAUACUGGCCCUGUGUAGCUCAGUUGGUAGAGCAUGGCGUUUGCAACGCCAGGGUUGUGGGUUCGAUUCCCACGGGGGGCCAGUAUGAAAAUGUAUGCUCUCACUAACUGUAAGUCGCUCUGGAUAAGAGCGUCUGCUAAAUGACUAAAAUUUUAAAUGUAAAAAAAAGAUAUUCUCCCGUCAAUUUAGCCGGAUUAAGUUCCACAUGCAGAAGUGAAAUGAGUUUUGUAAUGCAUAUACUGACAGACAUAUUUCCUCAUAGGCUGCAUGUCAUGGCAUUCACAUUGGUGUUGUUCACCAUGGAAGAAGAAUGUUAACCUCUUUUCACUUUUCUUGUUUCUUGUCAUGUUAAUUGAGAUGCCACUUAACAACUCUCAUUCAUUCACUUAUAUAGACUUGAUGGCCAAAGCUAACGCGAGCCCAAAGAAGAAGGUGCAAGCCAAGCUGAACAACAGUGGUCAGCUAUCAGCUCCGCCUGCUGACCCUCCUCUGAAUGCACCACGGAAGUUCUCUGGCUUCACAGGUGAGAGGGCAUUCCAGUGGCUGGAUCAACCAGUGUGCACAUCUGAAAACUAGUUAGCCUAGUCCUGCUACAAAAGUGCAAAUGUUUGUGUUUUCAGUUUCAAAACUAUUUUCCUCUGUCCAUUCCACCAAAACAUAACCCUGCUGUAUUAUCUCGUCUUUAUUUUUUCAAUCAUAUUGUCCUUUGUCCAAUCAGCUACUAAGGCUGGGAGCUCAAGCAGCCCAGGCCCAUCCCCAGCCAAACCCAACCAGGGCAGUCCUCUGUCCGCCCAGCUCUGUGACCCCAAACACAAGGAUAGCCUGCUCCGGGAGUUCCGCAAGCUGUGUGCCAUGGUGGCAGACAAGAAUAGCUACAACGUCAAGACGCAGAUCAUCCACGACUUCCUGAAGAAAGGCUCUGGGGGAGGUGUGUGUGCGUGCGUGCGUAGCUUAAUUUAUGAUGUUGUAAAUUGUACUCUGCAGUAUUGUACUGCAUUGAAUGUUGUCCUCAAAAAGGUAGUUUUUUUAAAGUAGGCAAGUAGUAUUACUGAAAUACCUAAUUUUCUUUUUCUCUUCUCCCUACCAGAUAAAUUCAAGGGAGAUGUGUACCUGACGGUGAAGCUGCUUCUCCCAGGGGUGGUGAAGAGUGUGUACAACCUCAACGACAAACAGAUAGUCAAGCUCUUCAGCCGCAUCUUCAACUGCAACCAGGAGGAGAUGGUGCGAGAUCUGGAACAGGUCAGUGUUGAGUCCAAAACAUGACAGUCAGUGCUUCUGACAAGUUGUUCAUGUUUAUUGUCAUAUAAGAGGAAAUCUUUGCACAACUCACACAUUGCAUACACAAAACACAGCUGGGAACAAACAACAGUACAUAGUCAGACAUAAAUGGUAUGUUAUAGAGUAGGAUCUAUCACAACAUACAGCCCAUGUGGCCCCAGAACCGAGGGUUUCAGGACUGGCGUGUAUUGAGUAUAUUUUUAUUCUGGGCGUACAGGGGGAUGUGUCGGAGACAGUGAGGAUGUUUUUUGAAGAAAGCAAGUCUUUCCCGCCGGCCGCUAAGAGUCUGCUCACGAUUCAGGAAGUGGAUGCGUCCCUUACCCGUCUGGCCCAGUUAACCAAGGAGGAUGACCAGCAGAAAGAGCUAGAGGACAUAUCCAAAAAGUAAUAAUUUUCUUCUAUUAGCAGAUCUAUACUGUACUUAAUGAUUUGACAUCUCACAAUUCCUAGUAUAUCCGUGUCUGUCCACAAUUCCUUCUACUGCACAUAAGAUAUUAUGCAUCAAAAGACUAAGGGACAGAGUCAACUUCCGAAUAUACUCACACAAGUCAACCCUGUCUUUGUUGCAGAUGCACUGGCAAUGACCUGAAAUGUAUCAUCAGACUCAUCAAGCAUGAUCUGAAGAUGAACUCUGGAGCUAAGCAUGUGUAAGUGACAGAUUUACUCCUAACCUGACAUGACAACAAUACAACUCUGUGCUGCAACUUAUAAACCUAUAUACUAGAGCUUUUAAAGCAUACAAUAACUUUCAAACUUAUUGCAGUAUAUUUGAACCCUCUUCUCAGUCAAAUGUAUCUUAUGAACAGCUUGGAUGCAGUGGACCCGAAUGCCUACGAUGCUUUCAAGGCCUCCCGUAACCUAGGGGACGUGAUAGAGCGUGUGCUGAAGAACCAGCAGGACGUCACCAACGGCUCAGGCCCCAGGAAGCUCCUCACUAUUGAAGCCUCCCUCAUGACCCCAGUGCAGCCUAUGCUGGUGAGCUCACACACAUGCUCUCACACACACAGAUGCACACAUACACUCAGCAGACGUGCUCACACUCACCCUCCGCAUACUCGCCCUGUACACAUGAAGUUGACACGCAUACACACACAAACUCACUCUCACAGACACACACUGUCAGUACACACACCUGGUACUGAAUGCGCUAAUUUAAUGGUUCAGCUGGUUGAGAAAGUGAUUCUGUGAUUAGAAAAACACUGAGCGUAAUCCCACAAGGGCAAUUGACUGCAACUGAGAGAUCUCAAUGAUAAAGCAUGAAUUCUGAAUGUUAUUUUUUUUUGGGGGGGGGGGUUGAUCUUAUUGCAAGCCAUGCAGUACUACGCAAGUCACUUCAGACACAACGCAUACACACAGCAGAAAUAUGAAUGGAAUUGAAAUGUAUCCUCACAGUAAAAUUGUAUAAGCUCUUUCACGUUUGAAGCAUGCUGCAUCCAGCAUACCAUGUACAGAACACUAAAUACGACCCACUAAAGUAAUACUGUAUGGGUUGGAAAGUGCUCUAAUAUGUUUUGCCCCAAUGUGAGUGGCUUAUCAUCCCUCAACUAAAUGUUAACAAAGGUCUGCUUCAGUGUAUUAGGUUCCUCUUAUACACUGAAGCAGACCUAGGUAAGACCAGGGUCAGACCUAUUUCCCAACCAGGGGCCAUAUGUACAGUGCAUUCGGAAAGUAUUGAAACCCCUUCACUUUUUCCACAUUGUUACGUUACAGCCUUGUUCUAAAAUGGAUUCAAUAUUUUUUCCCCCUCAUCAAUCUACACAAAAUACCCCAUAAUGACAAAGUGAAAACAGGUUUAAAUACCUUAUUUACAUAAGUAUUCAGACCCUUUGCUAUGAGACUCAAAAUUGAGCUCAGGUGCAUCCUGUUUCCAUUGAUCAUCCUUCAUGUUUCUACAACUUGAUUGGAGUCCAACUGUGGUAAAUUCAAUUGAUUGGACAUAAUUUGGAAAGGCACACACCUGUCUAUAUAAGGUCCCACAGUUGACAGUGCAUGUCAGAGCAAAAACCAAGCCAUGAGGUUGAAGGAAUUGUCCGUAGAGCUCCGAGACAGGAUUGUGUCGAGGCACAGAUCUGGGGAAGGGUACCAAACAUUUCUGCAGCAUUGAAGAUCCCCAAGAACAGUGGCCUCCAUCAUUCUUAAAUGAAAGAAGUUUGGAACCCCCAAGACUCUUUCUAGAGCUGGCCGCACGGCCAAACUGAGCAAUCGGGGGAGAAGGGCCUUGUUCAGGGAGGGUACCAAGAAUCCGAUGGUCACUCUGACAGAGCUCCAGAGUUCCUCUGUGGAGAUGGGAGAACCUUCCAGAAGGACAAACAUCUCUGCAGCACUCCACCAAUCAGGCCUUUAUGGAAGAGUGGCCAGACGGAAGCCACUCCUUAGUGAAAGGCACAUGACAGCCCGCUUGGAGUUUGCCAAAAGGCACCUAAAGGACUCUGACCAUGAGAAACAAGAUUCUCUGGUCUGAUGAAAUGAAGAUUGAACUCUUUGGCCUAAAAGCCAAGUGUCACGUCUGGAGGAAACCAGGCACCGCUAAUCACAUGGCCAAUACCAUCCCUAUGGUGAAGCAUGGUGGUGGCAGCAUCAUGCUGUGGGGAUGUUUCUCAGCGGCAGGGACUUGGAAAUUAGUCAGGAUCGAGGGAAAGAUUAACGGCGCAAAGUACAGAGAGAUCCUUGAUGAAAACCUGCUCCAGAGCGAAGGUUCACCUUCCAACAGGACAAUGACCCUAAGCACACAGCCAAGACAAUGCAGGAGUGGCUUCAGGACAAGUCUCUGAAUGUCCUUGAGUAGCCCAGCCAGAGCCCGGACUUGAACCCGAUCUAACAUCUUUGGUGAGACCUGAAAAUAGCUGUGCAGCAACGCUCCCCAUCCAACCUGACAGAGCUUGAGAGGAUCUACAGAGAAGAAUGGGAGAAACUCCUCAAGUACAGCUGUGCCAAGCUUGUAUCGUCAUACCCAAGAAGACUCAAUGCUGUAAUCACUGCCAAAGGUGCUUCAACAAAGUACUGAGUAAAGGGUCUGAAUACUUAUGUAAAUGUGAUAUUUAGUUGUUGUUUUUUACACAUUUGCUAAAAUUUCUGAACUUGUUUUUGAUUUGUCAUUAUGGGGUAUUGUGUGUAGAUUGAUAAGGAAAGAAAACGAUUUAAUCCAUUUUAGAAUAAGGCUGUAACGUAACAAAAUGUGGAAAAAGUGAAGGGGUCUGAAUACUUUCCGAAUGCACUUUACAGUAUAUGUCAAGUGUCUCAGAGUAGAAGUGUUUAUCUUGGAUCAGGUCCCCCUGUCCAUGUAAUCUUAUUAUUUGUGAUCUAAAAGGCGAAACUGAUCAGCACUUCCACUCGGAGACGCUUGAUACAUACAGCCCCAGGUUUCCAAUGCAGGGUCUGCAAAGCUGGGAAGACGCGAAUACACUGAAGGCAGAUCCAACUAAAAUGAUAGGGUUCCCUAGUCCAAUGUAUGGGGCUAAUACAAGUCAUUUGUUCUCCCUCCCAGGCCGAGGCAUGUAAGUCCAUUGAGUACGCCAUGAAGAAGUGUCCCAACGGCAUGUACUCUGAAAUCAAGUACGACGGUGAGCGUGUGCAGGUCCACAAGAAUGGAGACCACUUCAGCUACUUCAGCCGCAGCCUCAAACCUGUGUUGCCGCACAAGGUCAGACCACACACACACACUCUAAGUGAGAGAAGCUGCAUUGUUCAAUUCCACCAGAACUCUUUACCGAUUCUGGAUUAGCAAAUCGGAAAGUGUCAAACAAAUCCUCUAUUUGAUUACGGUUUUGAGGACUGGGCAGCAUAGACCAUUUGUUUUUCAAGGCCAUCACUUUCACUGAUUCCCUAGACUGAUCCCUAGCCUUAAAUGUGUUUUUUGAUCCAAAUAAGUAUUUAUCUUCUUUUUUAAGGCAUUUUCCCCUCUGAUGUCCCUUGGUGUUUUGAUGCCUUUCCAUAUCGAACACAAAGCCUCUCUGUGUUCCAGGUGGCCCAUUUUAAAGAGUUCAUCCCUCAGGCCUUCGUCGGUGGCAACAGCAUGAUCCUGGAUGCCGAGGUGCUCCUCAUCGACACCAACACCAGCAAGCCACUGCCCUUCGGGACGCUGGGGGUGCACAAGGUGAGCAUGCCUGCCCAACUUAUCGUUCCACUGACCUCUCUGUGGAGUGUACGCUUGUUUGGGUUUGCGGGGCUGUCUGUGUGUGUGUGUUUGAUAGUAGGGGGGCUGUUUGUGUGUGUGGGGUGGAUGGGGGCUGGUGUGUGUGUGAUACAGAGCAAGUAUGAAAAAUAAAAAAAUAAUGUAUGCACUCACUAACUGUAAGUCGCUCUGGAUAAGAGCGUCUACUAAAUGACUAAAAUGUAAUGUAAGUGUGUGUGUCAGGAUAAAUUGUUUUUCUCUCCUUCUUUAGAAAGCAGCCUUCGAAGACGCCAAAGUGUGCUUGUUUGUGUUCGACUGCAUCUAUUUCAACGGCUUGAGCCUGAUGGAGAAGUACGUUUGUCUGUAGUCACUUCUCUCUUUAGAUUUACAACACUGAGGUCUGUAUUGAAUUCACUCUGAGCUUACAUUCACUCAUCCUUGAGUUGGCUGAAAUAUUUGUUGGAUUUUUUAAACAACUGCAUGGACAGUUUACUUGUGUCCACUCAACUCCUACCCCUCCCUAUUGUAGAAACGUUUGUCUGUUGUGAAUAUCAUAUUCAUUGUCUGUCUGCAUUAAUUUCUGUUGUCUAAUGCGGUCUGUUUUUUUCAACAUUCAAACCUGUCUCAAUGUUAUUGGAUGGAAAUGAAGGUUUCCAUCGUCUGUGUGUUUUGGCCACAGCCUGGGUCAUGUUCAUUGGGUCUCACCAUAGCAAAACAUUUUGCAAUGGAAAAUGAGCAACUCUUAUUGGACAAGUUUAGAUGUUACCUCCCUCUUUCACUCGAUUUUUGGAGCACUUUCUUCCAUUCUUCCAUUGUGUGUCUAUUUGAACACAACCGUGCUCUGUUUGUGUUCGACUGCAUCUAUUUCAACGGCUUGAGCCUGAUGGAGAAGUACGUUUGUCUGUAGUCACUUCUCUCUUUAGAUUUACAACACUGAGGUCUGUAUUGAAUUCACUCUGAGCUUACAUUCACUCAUCCUUGAGUUGGCUGAAAUAUUUGUUGGAUUUUUUAAACAACUGCAUGGACAGUUUACUUGUGUCCACUCAACUCCUACCCCUCCCUAUUGUAGAAACGUUUGUCUGUUGUGAAUAUCAUAUUCAUUGUCUGUCUGCAUUAAUUUCUGUUGUCUAAUGCGGUCUGUUUUUUUCAACAUUCAAACCUGUCUCAAUGUUAUUGGAUGGAAAUGAAGGUUUCCAUCGUCUGUGUGUUUUGGCCACAGCCUGGGUCAUGUUCAUUGGGUCUCACCAUAGCAAAACAUUUUGCAAUGGAAAAUGAGCAACUCUUAUUGGACAAGUUUAGAUGUUACCUCCCUCUUUCACUCGAUUUUUGGAGCACUUUCUUCCAUUGUGUGUCUAUUUGAACACAACCGUGCUCUCUUCUCCACAGGCCCCUGUACGAACGAAGGAAGUUCCUCCAUGACAACAUGGUGGAGGUCCCCAACAGGAUCCUGUUCUCCGAGAUGAAGCACGUCACUGUAUGUAGACCCACGUCAUGUCUGAAACUUCUCUCCUUUAGGGCUGUCCCCGACCCCACAUUUUUUUUGAUUGACUGAGAGUCGCCUGUUCUUUCAACCAAUAGAUUGGUCUACAUUUUUAAACGUAUGUUUUUCCCUAUAUAGACACACGCUAUGUGUUUUUAAUAAAAUCAACUAUAUGUAGGCUACUGAGCUUGUCUGAUGCUUUAAGCACACUGUGAUUUAAAUAAUGAAUACACACAAAUUACUAGAGGGAGCCAAGAUCAAGACGGCCUAACCAGAAGGAGAAAAAAAAACUGUUUCAUGCCAAAUAGUUAUCGAAAGAGGGCUGGAAUUAUUUUUCAAAUAGGCUACAUUGAGGAACUAUUGUUAUUCUCAAUGGAUGUAAAAAUAGACUUUGUUUACUUGGUGUUUGAGGCGAAUAAAUAAUUACUUUGAGAAGCUCCACAGUGGUGGUGAGUUAACACAAUCAGAAAUACUAUCAGAUCCCCAAAUGGGCACAUUUAUAGGCCUACAUUUGUGCGCAGGCCAGGUAGCCUAGGCCUACUUCUAUGCGUAAUCAGGUGCGCGUCCCUACUCAACAUUGACAAGACAAUGAAUAAAUUGACAGCUCUUAAAUGGAAUGAAUUAAACCAAAACUGUAGUCUAGGUCUUUCUAACUUAUAAUCAACCAAGCCAAUGGAUUCCCCCAUGUAGCAGAGUGAAACUGCAACGGAGUACUAAAACAAGUGUUUAUUGGGCAAGUUCACAUAGUACCUCCGUUUCAAUCUGUUUCAUAACGUUUUGUGCCUACUGAACAUGACCCUGAUGUGCUGGUUGUUUGCGUUUACGGUCUCACAGAGGGCGGCUGACUUGGCCGAGAUGAUCACACGGGUCAUCAGAGAGGGACUGGAGGGGCUGGUCCUCAAAGACCUCAAGGUGAGACAUAAAUAACUCCUAACCCGGCCCAGAAAUGACCUCUAGCGCCUACCACCUAGGUAGUAACUUUUAAUGUACAUCUGAAAGAAUUGGAUAGAUCUAAGCAAUUACAGCAGUAGCUCCAAUCUUGCCCUUUGAUAGGCUAGGUGUAAUGUUUGCUGUUUUACUUAUUCCUAUCCAAUCCUCUUAAAUCUACCUAAGUGCCGAGGUAGUAGGGCUAGGGGUUGUUUCUGGACUAGGCCCCUGACUCUACUGUACACAUCUUUCCUACUUAGUCUGUUAGGCUGUAAAUCUGGGGGCUUGGGAAUGAGCAAGUGAUGUUAUUAUGAACAAUGUGAAACAAGAAGCCAAGUCUUAGUCUUUUUUUCUACAGCAUUUUUUAUCUGUGGGAAAUGGCAAACAUGUAUUUCUUUCUCCUGAAUAGAGGGUUGACAUAAUGAAAAAACAAACCUAUGUAAAAAAAUAACAAUACAUAAAUGUGAAUUGAUCAUAAUCUGUGUGAAUUCAAAGGGCACCUAUGAGCCAGGGAAGCGCCACUGGCUGAAGGUAAAGAAGGACUACCUGAACGAGGGAGCAAUGGCCGACACCGCAGACCUGGUGGUGCUGGGAGCCUUCUAUGGCAAAGGCUCAAACGGUCAGUACUCCAGGGUCGUAUUCAUGAGUUUACACCGUAGCAAACCGCUUUGCAACAUAAACUGUUUACCUUAGACUCUACAAUGUUAUGCAAACAGUUUCCAUUGUAAAACAUUUUGCUACGUUUAGCACUAAUGAAUACGAUCCAACACUACACUAGACAGUGUUUCCCAACCCUCUCCUAGGACAGCCACCACACAGUCCACAUUUUCGUUCUAGCCCUACACUGACACACCUGACCUGACUGAGCUAAUCAACUUUUUUAAAUGUGGACUGUCUGGCAGUCCCCCCAAGAGUGGGUUGGGAGUGGGUUGCCCUAGAAGAAUUAGUAGGAUCAACCAUGAUUCUCUGCUAAUAUAUACUGAAUAAAAAUAUAAACGCAACAUGCAACAAUUUCAAAGAUUUUACUGAAUUACAGUUCAUAUAAGGAAAUCAGUCAAUUGAAAUAAAUCUAUUAGGCCCUAAUCUAUGGAUUUCACAUGACAGGGCAGGGAUGCAGCCAUGGGUGGGCUUGGAACGGCAUAGGCCCACCCACUUGGCAGCCAUGCCCACCCACUGGGGAACCAGGCCCAGCCAAUCAGAAUCAGUUUUCCCCCACAAAAGGGCUUUAUUACAGACAUAAAUACUCCUCAGCACCCCCCCCCCCCCCCCUUAUGGUAGAGAAAUUAACAUUCAUUCAAUUCUCUGGCAACAGCUCUGGUGGACAUUCCUGCAGUCAGCAUGCAAAUUGCACACUCCCUCAACUUGAGACAUCUGUGUUGUGACAAAACUAAAUUACAUAUAUUUUAAAGUGGCCUUUUAUUGUCCCCAUCACAAGGUGCACCUGUUUAAUGAUCAUGCUGUUUAAUCAGCAUCUUGAUAUGCCACACCUGUCAGGUGGAUGGAUUAUCUUGGCAAAGGAGAAAUGCUGACCAAUAGGCAUAAACAAAUUUGUGCACAACAUUUUAGAGAAUGAAGCUUUUUGUGCUUAUGUAAAAUUUCUGGGAUUGUUUUAUUUCAGCUCAUGAAACAUGGGACCAACACUUUACAUGUUGCAUUUAUAUUUUUGUUCAGUGUAUUUGUCAAACAUCUGCUCCAAUAUUUUCUCUAACAUUCGUUUCACUUAUGGCAACUCAUGGCUUUGUAUAGUCUAUGGGUACGUUACAUCCCAAAUGGCACAUUUACCCUUUCCCUUUUACCUAUCUAGUGCACUACUUUUGACCAGGGCGCAUAGGGCUCUGGUCAAAAGUAGUGCACUAUAUAGGGAAAAGUGUGCCAUUUGGGAUGUAGUCUACAGUCGUGGUCAAAAGUUUUGAGAAUGACACAAGUAUUGGUCUUCAAAAAGUUUGCUGCUUCAGUGUUUUUAGAUAUUUUUGUCAGAUGUUACUAUGGUAUACUGAAGUAUAAUUACAAGCAUUCCAUAAGUGUCAAAGGCUUUUAUUGACAAUUACAUUAAGUUUAUGCAAAGAGUCAAUAUUUGCAGUGUUGACCCUUCUUUUUCAAGACCUAUGCAAUCCGCCCUGGCAUGCUGUCAAUUAACUUCUGGGCCACAUCCUGACUGAUGGCAGCCCAUUCUUGCAUAAUCAAUGCUUGGAGUUUGUCAGAAUUUGUGGGUGUUAGUUUGUCCACCCGCCUCUUGAGGAUUGACCACACGUUCUCAAUGGGAUUAAGGUCUGGGGAGUUUCCUGGCCAUGGACCCAAGAUCUCGAUGUUUUGUUCCCUGAGCCACUUAGUUAUCACUUUUGGUGAGCCUUAUGGCAAGGUGCUCCAUCAUGCUGGAAAAGGCAUUGUUCGUCACCAAACUGUUCUUGGAUGGUUGGGAGAAGUUGCUCUCGGAGGAUGCGUUGGUACCAUUCUUUAUUCAUGGCUGUGUUCUUAGGCAAAAUUGUGAGUGAGCCCACUCCCUUGGCUGAGAAGCAACCCCACACAUGAAGGGUCACAGGAUGCUUUACUGUUGGCAUGACACAGGACUGAUGGUAGCAUUCGCCUUGUCUUCUCCGGACAAGCUUUUUUCCGGAUGCCCCAAACAAUCGGAAAGGGGAUUCAUCAGAGAAAAUGACUUUACCCCAGUCCUCAGCAGUCCAAUCCCUGUACCUUUUGCAGAAUAUCAGUCUGUCCCUGAUGUUUUUCCUGGAGAGAAGUGGCUUCCUCGCUGACCUUCUUGACACAAGGCCAUCCUCCAAAAGUAUUCGCCUCACUGUGCGUUCAGAUUCACUCACACCUGCCUGCUGCCAUUCCUGAGCAAGUUCUGCACUGGUGGUGCCCCGAUCCCGCAGCUGAAUCAACUUUAGGAGACGGUCCUGGCGCUUGCUGGACUUUCUUGGGCGCCCCGAAGCCGCCUUCACAACAAUUGAACCUCUCUCCUUGAAGUUCUUGAUGAUCCGAUAAAUGGUUGAUUUAGGUGCAAUCUUACUAGCGGCAAUAUCCUUGCCUGUGAAGCCCUUUUUGUGCAAAGCAAUGAUGACAGCACGUGUUUCCUUGCAGGUAACCAUGGUUAAGAGAAAGAACAAUGAUUUAAAGCACCACCCUCCAUUUAAAGCUUCCAGUCUGUUAUUCUAAGUCAAUCAGCAUGACCGAGUGAUCUUCAAAACAUUCUGGAGUAUAUGCAAAUUGCCAUCAUAAAAACUGAGGCAGCAGACUUUGUGAAAGUUAAUAUUUGUGUCAUUCUCAAAACUUUUGACCACGACUGUAUAUAUCCAGCAUCUACAGGAUCUGACCAUUUUGGGCUGUGGGGAUAGAAAAAGACCUCACUUGAAGUCAGAAUGUCUUUUUAUAAUGUUGUAUGUCUCUACCAGGCGGGAUAAUGUCCAGUUUCUUAAUGGGCUGCUAUGACCCUCACUCUAAGAAGUGGUGCACCGUGACCAAGUGCUCCGGAGGCUACGAUGACGCCAUGUUGACCCGACUCCAGAAGGAGCUGGACGUGAUCAAAAUCAGCAAGGUGACCCAAGCAGCUUGGGGGGGGGGGGGGACCGCCCAACAGUGCAUUCUUGAGUGGCCCGUUUGUGAAAUAGGGUUUUCUGAAUUCCAACCCCUAGCCCCUACGCCUAGGCACCCCUGAAUAGGCGUAAGCAGGAUGGCGAAAAUUCCACCCAGCCUAUCAGAAGGCAAGUUGGAGCAAUUUCCAUGCUGUUUAAACCUAUUCACUCCUUUCAGAUCUACAGGAGUGCCUAGGGGCUAGGAGGGUAUUUGGAAUUCAACAAGUGUGAGGACUGUUCUUUAAUAUAUGUAUGUGUGGAUCUCAUUUCUGUCUCCAGGAACCCAGCAAAAUCCCUGGCUGGUUGAAAAUCAUCAAGAACUAUUACCCUGAUUUUAUUAUCCGUGAUCCCGAGGUGAGAUUUAACAUAGUUUAAUACAUUUGAAUCUCCUAUUGGGUUCUGUUCAAGGACAAAAUGGUGAAUCUCCAGACUUCUUUAGGCUUUUCAAUGAAGUUAGGCUACCCAUAGUGGGGCGGCAGGUAGCCGAAAGGUUGCUGGUUCGAAUCCCCAAACUGACUAGGUGAAAAAUCUGUCGAUGUGCUCUUGAGCAAGGCACUUCACCCUAAUUGCUCCUGUAAAUCGCUCUGGAUAAGAGCGUCUGCAAAUUGCCUCAAAUGUAAAUGUGAUUUAGAUGUGGCUUUGAGUCAUUAUACAAGGAAGCUAUAAAGUCUGUUUUCUUAAGAUGUAUAUCACUGACUUAUUUAUACUGUAAUCGUCAGCAUUUCUUUAAUUGCACAGAAAUGUAAUUGCUAUUCAUCGCAAGGCUGAUCUGUACUUUAUCAACUUCCAUACAUGGCAGGAACAGAUCUAUACGUUAUCAAGAUUAGCCAAUCUGUGCAGUACAUAUAGCUCAAGCCAGCCCUUGUGAACAAGAUUUGAUACUGAUAGGAAGUAGUUGUGUGUGUAUAUAUAGACCACCCUCCCCCAACUUUUAACCAGAGUCGUGCACUAUACACAGUGCAUUGACUUUUCACACAUUUUAAGUUACAGCCUUAUUUUAAAAUUGAUUAAAUAGUUUGUUCCCCCUCAAUCUACACACAAUACCACAUAAUGACAAAGCAAAAACAGGUUUUUAUAAAUUUUUGCAAAUUUAUACAAACUAAAACUCACAUUUACAUAAGUAUUCAGACCCUUUACUCUGUACUUUGUUGAAGCACCUUUGGCAGCGAUUACAGCCUCGAGUCUUAUUGGGUAUGACGCUACAAGCUUGGCACACCUUUAUUUGGGGAGUUUCUUCCAUUUUUCUCUGCAGAUCCACUCAAGCUCUGUCAGGUUGGAUGGGGAGUGUCGCUGCACAGCUAUUUUCAGGUCUCUCCAGAGAUGUUCGAUCAGGUUCAAGUCCAGGCUCAGGCUGGGCCACUCAAGGACAUUCAGAGACUUGUCCCGAAGCCACCGCUGCGAUGUCUUGGCUGUGUGCUUAGGGUCAUUGUCCUGUUGGAAGGUGAACCUUCGCCCCAGUCGGAGGUCCUGAGCGCUCUGGAGCAUGUUUUCAUCAAGGAUCUCUGUACUUUGCUCCGUUCAUCUUUCCCUCGAUCCUGACUACAACAUCCGUAGAGUACAACCCUACCUCACAGGAAGUGGCGCAGGUCCUAAUCCAGGCACUUGUCAUCUCCUGUCUGGACUACUGCAACUCUGUUGGCUGGGCUCCCCACUUGCAUCAUCAAACCCCUGCAACUUAUCCAGAACGCUGCAGCCCGCCUGGUAUUCAACCUUCCCAAAUUCUGCCAUGUCACCCCGCUUCUCCGCACACUCUACUAGCUUCCAGUCGAAGCUCGCAUCCACUACAAGACCUUGUACUUUUCUACGGAGCAGCAAGAGGAACUGCCCCUCUCUACCUUCAGGCUAUGCUCAAACCCUACAUCCCAACCCGAGUACUCCGUUCUGCCACCUCUAGUCUCUUGGCCCUCCCACCCCUACGUCAGGGCAGCUCCCGCUCUGCCCAGUCCAAGCUCUUCUCAAUCCUGGCACCGCAAUGGUGGAACCAGCUUCCCCUGAAGCUAGGACAGCAGAGUCUACUUUGAGGAAAGGUGUACUUACUGUGACGUGGUUAUCUUACCUAGCUACCUUAAGAUGAAUGCACUAAAUCAAAGUCUCUGGAUAAGAACGUCUGCUAAAUGACUAAAAUGUAAUUUGGGACUCAGCCUGAAUUCUACAGUCUGUAUCCUUGUAUGUCUCUCUCCCUGAGAUAGAAAGCGCCGGUGUGGGAGAUCACGGGGGCGGAGUUCUCCAAGUCGGAGAUGCACACAGCCGACGGCAUAUCCAUCCGCUUCCCCCGCAUGACGCGUGUCCGUGACGACAAGGACUGGAAGAGCGCCACCAACCUGACGCAGCUCAAAGUAAGGAACACCCUGAGGAUGCAACUAUGUAGGGCUUCUAUUGGGACGUUUUUCAAUCUGUAAUGUAAAACAAUUGAAUAUUUAUUUAUAGGUGCUCUGUGCAACAGACGUAAUGUCCAUGUAGAAGUAAAGGAUUCAAAAAUGUAAUCAACAAUAGAAACAGUACCACUUGGUCACCCGUUGUCGUUUAGUCAAACCGAUAUGAGUACAGUGGAACUUGUACUAUAAUUGUAUAUCGAUAUUCAAAUAGCAACCAAAAUGUGUCUUUUCAUUUGGUUUGCUGCUGAGGAGGUUUUGGUGUGAUAAGGUUUAGUCUUUCGAGCUGAAUAGACGUUUAUACGCAAUAGCUCAAACUCACAUGGAGUAUUUUUGUUAUUACAUCUCUACUAUAUGAUGCAAGACCUUUCCUGUCGUAAACGGUUGUUGUCCAAUUGGUUUGCUGCUGAGGAGGUUUUGGUGUGAUAAGGUUUAGUCUUUCGAGCUGAAUAGACGUUUAUACGCAAUAGCUCAAACUCACAUGGAGUAUUUUUGUUAUUACAUCUCUACUAUAUGAUGCAAGACCUUUCCUGUCGUAAACGGUUGUUGUCCAUUGGUGCACGCCGUACAACUAUUCCUCAGAAAUAUAAUUUGCAUUCCCCCUAGUAACACUUAACUUCACAGCUUUUGUUUUUCUCCCUCCUUCUCAGGAGCUCUUCCGCAUCUCCAAGGAGAGGUGUGACUUUGAGGUGACAGCAGGGCCCUCCAAAGGAGGUGAGGAUGACAAGGGCUCUUCAGGAGGAGACAGCGGGAGCAACUCUCCACCCUCCACCUCCCACAGACCAGUCACACCCAGAAAGACCAGUGAGUACCAUAGGCAUGGGUCUGGUCUCGGGUGAUAAGUGUUGGGUAUGUAGAUUACGCUUUACUCCAAUAAUGCAUACAAACAAUAUGAACAUACAGUACCAGUCAAAAGUUUGGACACACCUACUCAUUCCAGGGUUUUUCUUUAUUUUUACUAUUUUCUACAUUGUAGAAUAAUAGUGAAGACAUCAAAACUAUUAAAUAACACAUAUGGAAUCAUGUAAUAACCCAAAAAGUGUUAAAACAAAUCAAAAAAUAUUUUAUAUUUGAGAUUCUUCAAAGUAGCCACCCUUUGCCUUGAUGACAGCUUUGCACACACUUGCAUUCUCUCAACCAGCUUCAUGAGGUAGUCACCUGGAAUGCAUUUCAAUUAACAGGUGUGCCUUGUUAAAAGUUAAUUUGUGGAAUUUCUUUCCUCCUUAAUGCGUUUGAGCCAAUCAGUUGUGUUGUGACAAGGUAGGGGUGGUAUACAGAAGAUAGCCCUAUUUGGUAAAAGACCAAGUCCAUAUGAUGGCAAGAACAGCUCAACUAAGCAAAGAGAACGACAGUCUAUCAUUACUUUAAGACAUGAAGGUCAGUCAAUCCGGAAAAUUUCAAGAACUUUGAAAGUUUCAAGUGCAGUCGCAAAAACCAUCAAGCGCUAUGAUGAAACUGGCUCUCAUGAGGACCACCACAGGAAAGGAAGACCCAGCGUUACCUCUGCUGCAGAGGAUAAGUUCAUUAGAGUUCACCUCAGAUUGCAGCCCAAAUAAAUGCUUCACAGAGUUCAAGUAACAGACAUCUCAACAUCAACUGUUCAGAGGAGACUGCGUGAAUCAGGCCUUCAUGGUCGAAUUGCUGCAAAGAAACCACUACUAAAGGACACCCAAUAAGAAGAUGAGUCUUGCUUGGGCCAAGAAACACGAGCAAUGGACAUUAGACCGGUGAAAUCUGUCCUUUGGUCUGAGUCCAAAUUUGAGAAUUUUGGUUCCAACUGCCGUGUCUUUGUGAGACGCAUAGUAGGUGAACAGAUCUCUGAAUGUGUGGUUCCCACCGUGAAGCAUGGAGGAGGAGGUGUGAUGGUCCUUUUCUGGUGAAAGUCUGUGAUAUUAUUUAGAAUUCAAGGCACACUUAACCAGCAUGGUUACCACAGCAUUCUACAGCGAUACGCCAUCCCAUCUGGUUUGCGCUUAGUGGGACUCAUUUGUUUUUCCAACAGGACAAUGACCCAAAACACACCUCCAGGCUGUGUAAGGGCUAUUUGACCAAGAAUGAGAAUGAUGGAGUGCUGCAUCUGAUGACCUGGCCUCCACAAUCCCCAGACCUCAACCCAAUUGAGAUGGUUUGGGAUGAGUUGGACCGCGGAGUGAAGUAAAAGCAGCCAACAAGUGCUCAGCAUAUGUGGGAACUCCUUCAAGACUGUUGGAAAAGCAUUCCUUAUGAAGCUGGUUGAGAGAAUGCCAAGAGUGUGCAAAGCUGUCAAGGCAAAGGGUGGCUACUUUGAAGAAUCUAAAAUAUAUUUGGAUUUGUUUAACACAUGAUUCCAUAUGUGUUAUUUCAUAGUUUUGAUGUCUUCACUAUUAUUCUACAAUGUAGAAAAUAGUAAAAAUAAAGAAAAACCCUUGAAUGAGUAGGUGUCCAAACUUUUGACUUUUACUGUAUGUCAAUAAGUAUGUUAAUGUACAGUAUAUACAUGGGUGUGUCUGAAAUGGCAUCAUAUUCCCUAUGGGCCCUGUUCAAAUGUAGUGCACUAUAUAUGGAAAAGGGAGCCAUUUCGGACGCAGACGUAUAUAUUCACAUACUUAUUUACACGUUUGUAUUGUUAGAAUUCAUUAUUGGGGAGUACUGCAUCAUCUGUAUACCCCACUAAUAAAUAAGAAAAAAUAUGGUAUGACAACACUCCUUGGUUUGAGAUUUUCAUCCUUUUUGUUUGACACUUUAGGGAAAUUACACAUGUUUUACAUUUUAAUCAUUUAGCAGACGCUCUUAUCCAGAGCGACUUACAGUUAGUGAGUGCAUACAUUUUUUAUUAAUUUUUUAAUACUGGCCCCCCGCAUGAUAGUAAUAAUGUACUCUUAACAGGUUGGAACCAAAAAUUAUUUUCCAGUCAUUCCAUUCCGAACAGAACCCCAAUGUUCUUCCAUUCCAGUGUUCCGAGCAGCAUAAAAUUCUGAACCGGUUCGAACCCCAAAAAAGUAAUGUUCAUAUAGUUAUUCUACGUUAAUUUAACCCUUGAAAUCAACAUAGUUUUGACAUUUAGCUCAUUAUUUUACCUCACCAAUUAGCACAGAUAUAGCAGCUUGAUAUGGAAUGGGAAAACUAGUUAACAUGUUUAAUUGGUCAGUUAAGUGCAGGCGCGAGAUGCGACUGAAAUUUCACGGGUGGGGUGAGAGAGAGAAGGGUGGACAUGGAGGGGGGUUGGCUUGAAGUGCUGAACAUCAUGAUGUGAAUUGGAAUGUGUUUAGGCUAUUACUAGCAUCAUAACUUCACUGAAUUACAGAAUUAUAUACUAGACAUUAGGAAUAUUUUUGGAACAUAAAGUAACAUUAACCGGUUCUCAAGAUUUGAAAAUAAUUGUUCUGUUCCGGAACAUUAAAGAACUUUCGUUUCCGUUCCUCGUUCCAACCCGACUCUUAAUAAUAUAUUUUGAUUCAACGUGAUGUUUCCAUUACCUUACGGACAGGCAACAGCAAUACCCCCAAAGCCAAGGUAGUGAAGCUGGAGCCUCCCUCCCCUGUUCCAGCAACCAAGAGGAAAAUGCCCUCAGAAGAGCCCAGCGCAAAGAAGGUACCAUACACUCAACCAUAGCAACUGGUGUUAUCCUAUUUGGCAAUAUGUUUUAGGAUGCUGCAUAGGUGAUCCACAAAGUAGCAUCAGUAGACUGUUUCAUUCUUUUUAAUUGGGUCAUUACAUUUCAGUCAUCCAGAUUAGAUUUCAGUCUUGCAUCCCCCGAAAUGUAUCUGGGCUCCAAUGUAUUCCAGGUAAAGACUGAAACUGUCCAUCACAGUAAUGGACAAAGCAAGACAAAGACGACGCCCUCCAAGUUGGUAGAACCCAGGAAUGACAAGGUGGGUGCUUCAUUGUUUGUUCCAUUUGUCACCAACUGCGAUUCACGCUCUUAUUCUUCUAAACAAAAAGUUCUAACAAGACAUGCUAGUAGAUUAAAUAUUAGAACAUAAAAUUAUUAAAAGUCAAUGUUAACAUUAACAAAAAUAGUAAUCUACAUAUCAUGCUGUGAUGCUGCCUGUACAAGAGUAACACACUUUUCAAGUUCCUCUUUAUGAUGGUGCUCUAGUAAGCCAUUAUUGGUAUGAUUGUUUUGGGAAGCUUUAUAUAUUUUUUUGAACGGUUGGUCUGUUAUUGGAUGAUCUAUCUGUAAUAUUGUAUUUAGUUAAAGGUGCAAUCUGCAAUACUUACUGUCAUUUUAAUGAAUGACGGCUUAAAGACUUCCUCUCUGCUCUCCCCAGACUUUACUGGACAUUUUCAGUGGGGUGAAGCUGGUCCUGCCAGACUCUGUGCCGGACCACACCAAGCUGCGGCGCUACUUUGUGGCCUACGACGGGGACCUAGUGCCGGAGUAUGAUGCCGCCUCGGCCACACACACCCUGACAGAGCCCGAGGAGGACAGCCACGCCCAGAGAGUCCCCCCCGGCUGGAUCUGGGAGUGUAUCCGCAAGAGACGGGUGGUGCCCCCCUGCUGAUGAACAUUAAUUACACGCCCC